UUUUGUCCCGGGGCGUAUCGGUUUAAUACCUUGCAGCAUUUUUCCCGAUUAAACGCAAAGAUACGGCAUACUGCGAGGCGAUGUACAUUUAAGAGCAGGCUAUUACGUAACAUCGGACACCAAUGGCGCACUGUUUGCGGCUUUGGACAGUUCUCCACUUAAGGUCGGGGAAGGACCUUGCCCCCUAUUAGUCGCACGUCGCGAUCAGGACUUAAGGGAACGACGAGCCGAUCUAGAAAAAGAAAAAACGACGAUCCAUCUAGAUAGAAUCGCCUAGUUAACGUGUGUCGAGAGUUACUGGGUCCGUGGCCCAGAUCCAAUGCCCUUCCACGAUCUCGUAUAAAAACCUCGGUCGAACGCAUCAUCCACUUGCAAUCGACGAUGAUACAUCGUUCGCAAACUUCCUCCGUCGAAUAACACAAGCUCCGCGUCUCUUCGAUCUCGCAAUGAUUAUCGAACACCCCGUCGAAUCGAUCCUCGUCUGAUCGACGUUCUGGAUCAGCAAAUCGUUCGUCUUCGGCCACGCGUGUUAAUGUGCGCGGUUUUGUUCUGUUUUCUAUUGAUCUUCAUCGUGACCGCCAUUGUGCUUCUGCUGUUGCUCAAACCAGCCUACAUUUGGGAGAUCUAUACCGUGGAGUAAACCUUAACGCUCGAAAAGGGACAAGCGAUAAUAAAAAUGAAGACUGUCGGUAUGAUCGUGGCCCUGUGCCUGGUGGCCCUGGCGAACGGUCAAGGUUCGUUGUUGGAGAUGUCCCAGCAACUGUGGGCGAAACUUCUGUCCGGUGGAUUCGAGAAGACGGGCAAACUGGACCCGCUGAACGUACCGGUGAUCAAGGUCGAUCAAUCCGAAGGCGACACCAGCUACAGAAUAAUUCUGAAGAACGUAGAGAUCACCGGGCUGAACGAUUCCACCUUGGACAGUAUUUACAUCGCUCGAGGAAGACUGAAGUCGAAUCUGAGCGAGUUGGAGGCGGGUUACGUGAGCUACAGCGAUCUCAGGGACCUGGACUCCAUCAGGUACAGGUUCCACAUGCUGGUCAAGGAACCGAAAGGACAGAACGAGAGCUUCGAGGCGAUAGUAUCGGCCACCAACCAGGAGAACAAGUUCCGGGCCACGUCCUUCGAUCAGGAGAGCCACUUGGAGAGACUCAGACAGUACGAUCCGUUCCUGAUGAAGAUCCAAGCCGAGAAAAUGAAGGAUCAAGUGGACGGAAAUCGUAACGAGAAGUCGUCGCGGAACUCGAGCUAUGGACGUUUCAACAUGGAGGGUGCGAGGGUUCUCUCGAGACCAGAAACCGGUCGGAUCGGCGACAGUUCCUCGUAUCCGUCGGACGUUCAGCUGAUCUACGCCAUGAGCGCCCUGAACUCGCCGUCGAACGCGAGGAACUAUCAGUCGAAGGAGAAUUACGAGGCGAAUUCAGGCACGAACUCGAGAAACUAUCGUCCGGUGGGAACUUACGAGGUGAAUUCAAGAAGCUACCAGCCCUAUUACGAUCCCAAUUCCGACUCGAACUCCAGGAGUUAUCAGCAGGAGAGCUACGAACGAACCAAGACAGGUCCUCGUUUCAGAGGUUACGAAGGAACCAGGAGAACGAACGAAAGAGAGAAUUACGAUGGUAGGAAGACCGAGGAACGCUACGAGGACGAUCAGAACUACAGAAGAGAGAAUUUCGGUAGCCGAAGGGUCGAUGGAGGUUACGAGGACGUUCAAACGGCGGCGUCGGAGAACGUCGAAAGGACUUCGAAGGGUCAGGAUCAGCCUGGAUUCAUCGCCAGGGGUCAACAGGUCGAUUCGAGGAGGUUGGAGAAGCAACCGGGUUACUUGGACAUCGUUUACACGGAUGGGGCCAAUAAUGGGACCGUGAAACGUUUUGGAAACGGGAGGAUGGUGGAUGACGCGGUCUAUGGGGUCAAGGAUGUCCCGAAGGACUUCCUCGAUAGCAGACGGAUGCUGAAAUACAACUGUACGGAAGGAGAGGCGUUGACGAAGAGAAACGACGCGGUCAAAGCGGCCAUAGAGGCGAAGAGCUUGAAAGGUUUGAGAAGAUACGCGAAGGACUAUCAGGAGGACGAAGGAUACUUCGAGCAAGGAAUGCAGCUUGUUUAUCACUACGGCGGAAUGGAGUCGAAAAAUUCGGAGGAGGAGAAAAACGCUCAGGGAACGAGACACAAGCGCGCGCAUAAUGAAAAUCACACGGACGACGACGUGAUGCACGUUAUUAUGAAAAUACGCGUCCCGUUGCUUCGCAUCAAGUCGGACUAUCAGCUGACGGGAAAAGUCGGAAAGGAAUUGGUGAGAGGAAAUGGACGACUAGACGCAAACUUUACUGAAUUGGUGGGAGCCUUUACCAUCGAACUGAAGAACGUCAAGGGCCAAGACACUUUAAUAGUGCGAGCAGCCAGGAGCAAGCUGGAGUCCAAAGAGCAGAACGUCGAUCUCCAGGGAAUGGACGAAGAGGGCCCGGUAAAAUCGAUCCUUGGUCACGGUCUGAUGGCCGCGGAGGCGGUCGCCGCGAUGCUCGCCGAUGAUCUAGCGACCAAGGCCCUCAACGACAAAACAGCAGACGCGAUGAUUUACAGGAUGUACAAAAAUCUUCCGAUCAAUUAACCGGGAACUCGAGAACGACUGCCUGCGAAACUGGAUCUUGACGGACAUUUUUUCCAACGGUCGUAAUCUGCUUAAAAUAAUUAAGGAUUUGUGAGUAUGUAACAGCGUUUCAAGUUUCAAGAAACGAGAAAUUUUUUCUCGAAAACGAUACUUUCUCCAAAGGGACUCGUGUGUUUCGUUUUCGUUAUUUAUAGAAAUACUCGCUCGAUCGACUAUUAAUCGAACAGAAAAUUAUAUUUAGAAACUUCGAGGGACCAAGUUGCAUUUAACGCGGUUGUAUUUUUUGAUCGAUCGUCAAACCCAUAUAUCGGGUUUGAAGUAUUACAUAACUAGCUGACGCUUUAAUUAUUUUGACCGGUAUAUAUACCUGCCGACAUAUUAAUCUAUAACCAAACGAUUUUAUUUAUUUAUUUAUUUCUGUGCGCUUAAAGCACCAAUUAAGAGAAGACUACAACAUUGAGAAGUCAUUAACCCAUUAAACUACUAUUUAUAUUUCGUAUAUGUUACAUAUAAGUUAAUGUAGGUAAUAUUAGCUACGAUCUAAUUUCAUAUAUACAUAUACAUAUUACUGUAUGAAGCAUUUAUUACGACACACAUGUUAGGCAUUACGUACGCAUAUAUUAUAGGUAUUUUAUGUACUCUGAGU